CAAAUCAUCCGACUCCAAUUAUUUUCUUUGGAGAAACAAGAAAGGCUUUUAAUGCGAGGCAAGAUCGGUCCUCCUCCCAUCUUUCCAGUCUACUGCACAGCAUUAUUAGCUCAGUUGCCUCUGCAGAACUAUGUCAUACCGUCUGAUCCUCUUUAUGUUGAUUCUGCUUCUAAUUCUCCUCCUUUCUUGUGCUUCUGGGCAAUUCUCAGAUCUCAAACCAAACGCCGAGCCUUCCACUGUGUGGAUUAAUAACUCCACGUACGCCUACAGCACCAAUAGCGACGCCGGCAGAGACGACAGGUCCAUCAUCCGACCUAUUCUCCUCUACAACACCACCGAUGAUGUUGCCUUCGCUUGCGGGUUCUUUAGCAACCCUUCCUUCGACGCCUUCCUCCUCGCCGUUUUCGCCCUUUACACUGAUCCAAACAUCACGUACAUGAGUUAUGCACAAGUUGUGUGGUCAGCCAACCGCGAUCGGCUCGUGCAGUCGAACUCCCUUCUCGAUUUCCAUGCGGACGGCGACUUGAUCCUUCGUGAUGCUGACGGUUCCACGGUUUGGUCCACCAACACCUCCGGCAGGGGAGUCGUCGGCGUCAGCAUCACCCAAUCCGGCAACCUGGUGCUGUUUGAUAAGAGAAACACGAUAGUGUGGCAAUCUUUCGAACACCCGACUGAUACUUGGGUCCUUGGCCAGACGCUCAAAGAGAGGCAAAGGCUAAUUUCCAACACCUCUACCGUCAACUGGACUCGAGGUUUGUAUCGCCUCACGCUUCUUUCCGACGGUGUGUAUGCUUAUGUCGGAUUUACUGAUCCCCAGAUAUACCAUAAAUUGUACUUGGACAAAGUCAAUGGUUCUAUCUAUGCGAUGUACACAAAUGGCACACUUGAUUUUUUCGCCAUCAAUUCUACCGACCAUGUUAGACUGAGAACCGUUAACUUGCCCUUUGCAUCAUCGAUUCAGUUUAUGAGGUUAGAGUCCGACGGGCACCUGAGAAUCUAUGAGCGGACUGCUGUAGGAUGGAAGAGCAUAUACGAUGUUAUGAGCGAUAAACGUUGGUAUCCGAGUCGCCCUUCUCCAUGUAACAAUCCAACAGUUUGCGGCGAGUAUGGAAUUUGUGACUACGGGAUGUGCAGCUGUCCCUUACCAGUAGACGGGUACCUAAAGCCUCUUAAUGACAGAAAACUAUAUCAGGGCUGCUCUCUCGUCACUCCCCUCUCUUGUCAAUCCAUCCAGAAUCACCGGCUUGUAGUUGUUCCUAAUGUUUCUUACUUCAUCGACCCCGACAAUACCGAGCCAACCAUCAAGGGAAUAGAUGAAAAUAAUUGCACACAAGCUUGCCUAGAAAAUUGUUCUUGCAAAGCUGUUUUAUUUGCAAAAUACUAUGACAACUAUUGUUACUUGCUAUCUCAAAUUUUCACAAUGGCAGUAAAUGAGGGAGAUUCCUCUACCGUAUACAUUAAGGUUCAGGUGAAUAAGGAAGCACAAAUGAAAGUUAGUGUUGGAGGGCUUCUUGCCAUCAUUGCGGGAGGAUUGCCUACAAGAUUUUCAUUUGAGGAGCUGAAGCAAGCCACAGAGCAAUUCACCAAAAAACUUGGGCAGGGAGGGUUUGGGUCAGUUUACGAAGGACAAAUAGGUGAUCAAAGAGUCGCUGUGAAGCUCUUGGAUGGAGUUGGGCAAGGCAAGAAAGAAUUCUUAGCAGAAGUCGAGACGAUCGGAAGCAUUCACCAUAUUAACCUGGUGAGGCUUAUUGGCUUUUGCGUCGAGAAAUCAAACAGACUUCUUGUUUAUGAGUACAUGAGCAAUGGGUCUCUCGAUAAGUGGAUCUUCAACAAGAGCCAAGAUAAUAGUCUGGAUUGGCCUACAAGACGCAGGAUCUUUGCUGAUACAGCCAGGGGACUCUGUUAUCUUCAUGAAGACUGCAGAUACAGGAUUGCUCAUUUGGAUAUCAAGCCCCACAACAUCCUUCUGAAUGACAAGUUCGAAGCUAAAAUUUCUGACUUUGGGCUGGCCAAACUGAUUGACAGAGACCAAAGCCAAGUGAUGACUAGAUUGAGAGGCACUCCUGGCUACCUAGCUCCUGAAUGGUUGACAUCGAUCAUAACAGAGAAAGUAGACAUCUACAGCUUCGGCGUCGUGGUUCUAGAAACCAUAUUUGGAAGAAGAAACUUGGAUUACUCCCAGCCCGAGGAAAACUUUCAUUUGUUACAGCUCAUUCAGGAUAAGAUCAAAUCAGGCGGAUUGACGGAAAUGAUCGAUCAAAGUCACCUGGAACUGGAUUUCGAAGAUGUUAUUCUAAUGAUCCACUUAGCUGGAUGUUGCAUACAGAGUGACAGCAACAGACGACCAUCCAUGUCCACUGUUGUUAAAAUUUUAGAAGGUGCAGCCACGGUUGAAACAGAUUUGCAAGAAGUGUUCGACGUGGCUCCAAUCGCAAUAAGGGAAGCUGUUCACUUGGAUGCGUCGACUCCUCCAUCGGCAACACAAGUGUCUGGUCCAAGGUAAAUGUUCUAGUAGUCUAGCUAGCUUAGCAUGUAUUGUCUGUGUGUAGUUUGUGAGUGUAGUAUUUGAAACUGAACCGCAAAUAUACAUAGUUGAUGAUUGUUAAUUU